ACGACCGAGGUAACGAAUGGAACGAUGAAAGUGAGUAUUGGGCUGCAGAGCGCACUAGAAAUGCUCUCCGAAGAGUUUGUAAAUCAUGGAAUCUUUAUCUUUGCUCCUAUCAACAUCGUUUUGUACGGGUUGUCGAUGCAGUCCACGAUUGAUACCCCGCGACGAAGAGGGUUCAGAUGGCCCUCAAACCUUCCCAAUGCUCUGUUGGCAGCUCAUCCGACAAGUACAGCCGCUCGAAACGCGGAUAUUAGACUGUAUAGUGCUCAAUUUCAACAUGAGUGGGUUUCCGACCUUCGCUUUCCCGAGGUUGGAGGUGUUUCAAGGAUCGUGGUGCAGGUCCAAGAGGAACUACCUUCAUUUAGGUCGUCUAAUUUGACAACACUAUCCAUCCCGUUCUACGACCGAUUGCUGCCUCCUGACUACUUCACAAAUCAACAAUGGCAUCUUCCAGCACUUCGGCAUUUAUUCAUAAACACUACCCGAUGGGAGACGGUCGAAGCCCUCCAGUCUGUCAAGGCCUUGAUCAAAGAGAUUGGAAAGGAGUUGCGCUCACUCUAUCUUCCUCGCACGAACAAGGGGUUUGACCUGUCAGCGGAUAUUUGGUCAUCUUGCCCCAACUUGGAGCUCUUGCAUACAUCUGCUCCACUCCUACUCCCGCCACCUCUCGGUCACCCUUUUCAUAUCCUUAGUAUCUCCUCACUCCGCCUUUAUGACGAAAUUCCCCUCAAAAGGUACAUACCUGAUUGGCCAGCAAUUCGUACAGUUCGAAUGAAUACGAAGUGGGAUGGUGCCCUUGAAAGCAGUAAACUGGAACUUUUCAGACCCGGUCUACGUUUGGAAGAUGCAUGCGGUGAGCUGUAUGCUGAUUAUCUGGCGAGAUCCAAUGGUGUGGUCAAAG